AUGAACAAUAGGCUUUCUAGAGAUAAGGCAUUCGAUCUCCCAGGCUCAACACACGUUAAUCAAUUAGGACGGGGCUUUAAUUUGGGGCAAAGAUUUCCCAUUGAAUAUUUUCAUAACCUGCCUGAUCCCGCUGAGACAUUAAUCAUCAUUUGCUUCCCGAUAUUCAAGAGCACAACCAACAGAAUCCUCUAUUCUAACUCCAAGGCUCAUAUCGAGCAAUAUAUCCAUGAUUCGAGAUACAGGCUUGCUCUUUUGCACUAUCCAGAAGAUAAGCCCACCACCCAGUUGGUCGAGGCCUUGAAGGCAGAGGAGAGCUGCGAAGGCGAGAGAAUGGCGACAGUAUCACCCCCGAAGCCGUGGGAGCGUGCCGGAGCUGGAGGUGUCGGCAGCACAGAGACAUGCGCUGACGGUGGACAACUCGCAGCUGUGGGAUCAUCCGCGGGAUCAGUAAUAGGAAAUCCAGUAACGGAUCCCUUAUCAACCGGAGCUCCUGGAGCGCCUGCAGUCCCUGAACGGCCGUCUUCCCUCACAUCCGCAGUCAACAGAAACGCAUCUGCAUACUCCCCGUACAACGCAAACAGGAUGGGUGGUGUAGCAUCUCCUUUUGGAGGGAUGGGCUCUGCAUACUCGUCACCGUACUCGAGGAUGGGAGGCAUGGGUGGAAUGGGAUAUGGCGGAUAUGGAUCGAGCAUGUACGGUGGCAUGGGAGGCAUGGGAGGAAUAGGAGGCAUGUAUGGAGGGAUGGGAGGUGGGAUGUAUGGUGGGAUGGGGGGUAUGCAGGGAGACCCUAAUGAUCCGAAUAGCUUGACGAAUGGGUUCACACAGAACACGCAGGCAACGUUCCAGAUCAUUGAGGGUAUAGUGGGCGCCUUUGGAGGAUUUGCUCAGAUGCUGGAGAGCACGUACAUGGCUACCCACUCCAGUUUCUAUGCAUUGCUGACAGCUGCAGCCAUGGUCUCCGUUGCAGAGCAGUUUGGAAACCUCAGAAACACACUCGGAUCGAUCUUAGGCAUCUUCACCCUGAUGCGCUGGCUACGCACGCUUUUUGCCAGAAUAACAGGACGGCCACCUCCAGCAGAUGCCAUGGCCCUAACGCCGAGCGCAUUUGCCUCCUUCGAAGGACGGAAAUUCCACCCAGACGGCUCUCCGGCCCAAACUCCUCGCCCAAGCAAGAAACCCUUCAUCUUCUUCCUAGCUGCAGCUUUCGGCCUCCCAUAUCUGAUGGGCAAGCUCAUCAAAGCGCUGGCGGCAUCGCAAGAGGAAGAGCAGCGUAGACUAGCAGCUUCGGGCCAGAUGCAAAUCGGCCCUGACGGCCAACCGAUACCUGUGCAGAUCGACCCUUCAAAGCUCGAUUUCUGCAGGGUCCUGUACGACUUCACGCCUGAGGCUGGAGCGGCGGUACAGGGCAUUGAUCUAGAGGUAAAGAAGGGCGAUCUGGUGGCUGUAUUGAGCAAGAGUGACCCAAUGGGUAACCCCAGCGAAUGGUGGAGAUGUCGCGCCCGCGACGGCCGCAUGGGAUAUCUUCCCGGUGUCUACCUCGAAGUUGCCAAACGGCCAGGUAUGCCAGUUGCCGAAAUCAAGAGCGCGAGUCAGAGUGGGAGCAGGACGAACAGUAUUACGAGCCAGACGAAAGCGCCGGCUGUCCCGGCAGGGAAGGCGGGUGACAUGAGCGUGGAGAGUUUCCAAAAGAGCCAGUUCUAUUCUUGA